AUGUCGAGUACACCUAACUCGUUACCAAUGACGAAGAAGAAAUGUAAACACCAGUGGCGGUUCACUGUGUUCGCUAUGAAUCCACAGGUGUCGAUGGUCAGACCUGGUGACGGUCCUCAUGGGUUUCUGAGCCGAUUCGACGGGCAGUCGAGGCUGCUGCUCCGGUCUCUGCUGUCCGGAACCUCCGGAACUUCGAGGGCGCUUGCAGUCUUCCGUAAGCAGCAGCGGGCUAACCCGGAGAGCUCCCUGCUCGGCUUCAUUGAAACUCUGUGCGGAGACGAAAUAACCCGCUCAGAGGCUGACACGGAGCUUCUAACUAUGAAACCACUAGUCUGCCUGUUUCCAUCUUUAUUUAAACAAAACCUGCUGUCGUUCAUCCACCUGGUACACUCUGGUCUUCCUCGGACGGCUGUCCUCCAUCUGAUCAAGUGUCUCGACCAAGACUCUCGUCCAAAUCCCUGGGUCAAUGCUCUGUGUAGACAACUUGAAAGAAACCUGGGGACCCACCAUGAGCAGCCUCUGUACACAACAGCGUGCAGCCAGAGACUAAAGGCGCUCUCUCAGCAUUUGAUCGGGUCUUCUGAGACAGGAGGAUGGUCUGAGUGCUUCAGCGGUCAAACAGCAGAAUCUGAAUCCCAGAGUGCGUCUGAUUUAUUUGAGGUGGGGACACAGAGGAAAAGGAAGGGCAGUUUUGUCCACAUGGCGUCAGACGGUGAAGAAAUGGGACCGCAGAGUAAACGGACAAAGAUGGAUGAUAAUGAGUGUGUGACCGCAGAAGAACAGGGAGCCAAAAAGGAGAUGGAAGGAGUGUCAGUAAGUGAUACUGCAGCAGAAACUCAAAACAGUUCGUGCGAUGCCCUCCCACAACAUAUAAAGGUCUGUGUUCUUCAGAUAAAAGAACUGUUGGAAAGUCAGACAGAGUGGGACCAGAGCUCCACAGAUGUGUUCAAAGUGCUGAACAGCUGUGACCCAAACCAGGUGGAGGUGUUAUGCAGCAUGCUGAAUUUCGCGGGCUUACCUGACCAGACGCUGCCUAAACUGUGCAGCAGUGUUUUGGUUCUCUCUCCUGACCUCAGCUACAGCACUGCAGCAACACUCAUUAAGGGCCUGCUGCUGGAGAAGGUGCUGUCCCUGUCAGAGCCGGCCUCCAGGUGUCUGGUUACCGCGGUGACAUCACUAUGUAGCCGCUAUCCCAGACCAGUGUGCCACGCUCUAAUCGGACCAGUACUGGAGGAGAAGAACAUAGGGCCUCCACAGGCUGAGCUGCUGAGCAGACUGAUAGAAAGCUGCCUAGAUUCCCACUACAGACUGCUGGUGGUUCAAAUGACAAUAAAGAUUGCAUGGAGCGAGGCAGUGCUCUCCAUUAUCCACAGCUUGUUAGACUCACAGCCUGUCCUGAAUGAAGAAGUUUUCACACAGUUCACUGAACAUCUGGUCGACCAGGCUCCUCACUUCACAAAGUCUGUAAAGUUUGCAAAAAUGAUGCUAACAGUACUCACCAAAUACAACACUCAUGUGACUGCUGCACACAAACAGUCCUUGUCCAGCUGCCUGAUGUUAAACGAGACCUUCCUGAAGAAGUCCCUACAAGCUGCUUUGAAGCGAAUCACAGACACCUGAUGUUUGUUCUGACCCAACUCCUGUCAACAAUGCUAAAUAAGUUACACUGAAAAUAAAGUACCUUAGCCCAACAGUGGCUGAUAUUCUCUCAUUAAUCUUCCCAGGUCUUACAAUAACUCUUCCUACAUGCUAACCCUUGCAUUCCUGACCAUGGUGCACUCAUGCAGCUAAGUGAAUGUAAUAUUAGCACAAGUUUGAUACUUAUUGUAAUUUCCUCUUUAAUCCUGCAGAUUUUUAUCUGUUCUUUUGGGCAAUCUGUACAAAGUGGAGCCUGUCCCAGCUGUCAUAGGGCAAAAGGCAGGGUACACCCUGUACAGGUUGCCAGCCUGUCGCAGGGCUAACACAAAGAAACCGACAACCAUUCACACAUAUGGGCAAUUUAGAAUCACCAAUUAUGUCUUUGGGCAAAUGUGAGGCCAUACGCCAGCUAAAGCUGUCGUGUCUUUGGGAGGAAACUGGAGUACCUGGAGAAACCUCUGUAGCUCCCCCUGAAACAACAAAUGAUCCUUCAUAGCACCCUCAGUAAAAUGCUUAGCCCCCCCUUGGUACCGCCACUGA